CUGGUACGGCGCGGGCGUCUCCCCUUCCGUAGGGCAGGCGGCGCCGAGGGACUGAUGCCGAGCGGCGGCCUCUCUCCGUACGCAAGGCCGAGGCUGUGUCCGCGGCCUACUCGCCCGCAUGGCGAUUGCCAUGGCGCAGCAGACAGCGCUGGCCGUCUGCCUCUUCAUCUGCGCCUUUGUGGUGGUGCCGAGGAUUCUGCUGGGGUCGGGCGGAGGGAAGAAGGAGGCGGCGGCGCGGUUGUCGGGAGCGGGACACCGGCGCCCAGAGUGUGGGAGGAAACUGAUGCACCCGGGGAAAACCCACGCGGUUACAGGGAGAAAGUACAAACUCCGUACGGACAGCACCCAUGGUCAGGAUCGAACCCGGAUCUCUGGUGCUGUAGCGCAGCAACACUACCGCUGCGCCACUGUGCCACCCCAAAGUGGGACUUGGAAGGAACCAUUGAGAUACAGCUGAUGGCCUAUAGUAUUCACAAUGCAGUAGCAAGUAAAGUCUCAACCUAUGGCUCUGGAAGUGGCCAGCCAGUGUCCUCAAACUCGGAAUCAAAUGACCCCAAAGGACAACCUAAUCUCAGGAUGCAGCCAGCGAGAAAUCAAAAAGAAGCAAAUGAUGAAAAGACUCAAGGCCGAAACAAAGGAUUUAUUUUCCAGUUCUUACCACUUUAUGCAAUAGGGAUUGGUGCAUAUGCUGUUUACAAACUCAUGCAAUUAAAGUUCAACGAAAAUGAAAAACUAAGUAAUGAAAAAAAGAAGCGGGUUGAAGAUGAAAAGAAAAAUACAGAAAAUCAGCUUUCUGAUCUGGAGAUGCGUUUAGCACAGACUGAGAGAAUGUUGGCCUCGUUAGCAAAAGAGUUAGAUCCACUAACCAACAGUGUCAACGCUGUUGCUUCUGGGCAGAAGAAUGAAAUCAUGACACAGCUUCAACAAAUAAGAAAACUGAUAAAAGAGAGGCAGGCACCUGAUGUUGAUGAUGAUCUACUUUCUAUCACUGAGAAUCUCAAAGGAUAUAUCCAGAGCGCUGAGGAAAAGACACAGUUGUCGGAAGAUCUUGCCUUUCCAGAUAGUGAGGAAGAUUCACUAGAGGAUAUUGACUCGAUAAAUAGCAAAGCAUUUCUUCAUGAAACUGAGUCUGUGGACAGCAGCUCCAUAGAGGACUCUGAGGGGGACUUUGAACCGAUGGGGAAUUUGCCAGAAACCCGUGGGGUCAUGGAGUUGAGAAAACGCAACAAACUGAAUGAGUUUUCAAACUGAACUGCUGAGGGUCCCCUUUCAAUAUCUCUGGUUCAUUUUGGUUGGUAUAGUUCGGUUUUGCAUGGUUGAUGCAUCAUUACAUAAGCACACACUCGGGUAGCACAAACUUUAUUGUCUCUACUAUAUACACCAAAGUGUAGACAUGUUUAUUGUAACUAGCAUCCUUAUUCUUUAUUCAAGUAUACUGAUGUUUAUAUAUUAUAUAUAAAUUCACCAAUGAAAGUUAAAGUGAGAAUCCAUUUAAUUACCAACAUAAUUUUAUAAUUAAUUUACCAUUUGUAUGUUAGAAGCCGGAAAUCCCAGAUAGGGAAGAUGAGCUGUUAAAUUGUAGAGGGCGUGAAUUAGGGGCCAUAGAUGUGAGAUCAUUGAUAGACACCGAGUGCUGGAGUAGCUUGGCGAGUUAAGCAGCAUCUCUGAAGAACACGGAAAGGUGAUUUUUCGGGUCGGGACUUCAGACUCGAAAUUUUGCCUAUCCACGUUCUCCAAAGAAGCUGCUUAAUCUGCUGAGCUACACCAGCACUUUGUGUCUUCUUUUAUAAACCAGCAUCUGCAGUUCCUUGUUUCUAUAAAAUCGUUGGAGUUCGAUUUAAAGGGAAGUUGGUAAAAAUAAACAAAAUACUCAGAGUG